GGAUGUUGUCACCGAUCUUGUUUGUUAAAUCGGGAACUAGACAAUGUUCAGAGUACCAUGGGUUUGCUCUCGGUGUCUGGUCCGGCCAGCCAGGACCUCUAUAUACCAAGGGUUGCUUCUACAACGUCGGACGUACAAAACAGGAUCAGAUCUAUCUCCAGCUCUCCUUACACACGCACGCACUUUGGCCGUCGAGCAUGCCGCUCUCAGUACUCAAUUAGCUGAUUCCUUCGACGCCAAGAUCGCAAAACGGAUUGGAGAGCUAGCACAGGUUGCGGACACUCUAAAGGAGUGGGAUAAUGCAAACGAAACCAUAUCCGAGUUACAGUCCUUGUUAGAUGAUCCGAAAACGGAAGCUGAAUUGAAGUCUUUGGCCAUUGAAGACCUAGAAAGUAGCAAGCUCACGUUGCCCAGUAUAUCAGAGAGUCUUAAGAAAGCGCUCAUUCCUCGCCAUCCCUUUGCAGAGCUCCCAUGCCUGCUUGAGAUCCGACCUGGCGCAGGUGGGGAUGAAGCAGGCCUGUUUGCUUUCGAGCUGAUGAAGAUGUAUAUCGCCUUCUGCUCUCGUCGAGGUUUUCGUUGUACCAUCAUCAAGAAAGAAGGCGGAGAAGGGUCGGCCGAGGACCGCCUUAGCGAAGCAGUUCUGGAGAUAGAAACGGAUGGUGCAUACGACACCAUGAGGACAGAGUCAGGUGUGCACAGGGUUCAGAGAGUCCCGGCCACGGAAGCCAAGGGCCGUACUCAUACUAGUGCUGUGAGUGUCAUGGUCCUCCCUAGCUUCCCAGAAACAGGAAGUGGCACCGAUGGAGCGCAUGGUUUCGAUGAUCCCAACAGCGACUAUUACAUUGACCCACAGGAAGUUCGCACGGAGAAGAUGCGAGCUAGUGGUGCUGGCGGACAGCAUGUGAACAAGACUGAAUCUGCGAUCCGCUUAACUCACAUACCGACUGGUAUCGUAGUCUCGAUGCAAGAUUCACGGUCCCAGCAUUCAAAUCGAAAGAAGGCAUGGCAAGUUUUGCGUGCGAAAUUGGCCGAACAGAGGCGAGAGGCGCGAGAACAGGAACUUGUUGAGCUCAGGAGAGGAGCUAUGGGUGGCGUUGCCCGAAUGGGCCGAGGCGAUAAAGUUCGCACGUACAAUUAUGGGCAAAGUCGCUGCACAGACCACCGUAGCGGGCUCACUGUGCACAAUCUAGACGACGUCCUAGCUGGUGGCCAGGGGUUAGAGUCCGUAAUGGAUAGUGUACGGACAUGGUUUGGUGAUCGCGAAAUCGCAGUCAUGACGGCAGAAGCAUCGAUCAAUCACGAGGUACAGCGACGUGCUUAGCAGGCUUGAGUGUAUAGAUAAUGGUUCCGAAUGUUGCCAUGAUGACUACGCUGUUAAGCAGGUUUUCAGCAAGUC